CCAUCCAUCCAUCCAUCCAUCCAAGAAAGAGAGAGAAACAGAGUGCGGGAGAGCGAGCCAGCGAGCGGAGAAGGCAACGCACGCCAAUUAACACGCCGAGGAAACGAACAAGGAGGGAGGGAGGGAAGCCACCAAACCAAACACCAAACGCUACUCCUGCUUCUCUUUCCUCUUCCCCCCCUUCUCCUCCCCCCUCCCCCUGUUAAUUAGCGCAGCGGCAUUGCCUGGCUUCGGGUCGCUCUUGGUCAUUGCCGUGGUCGUGGGCAUGAUGAUGCGGCGGGUGGCGCCGCCCGCGUCCGAGGACGACAGCUCGGGGUCCGGCGUGCCCGGCUGGUUGGAGGCGCUCCUGGGCACCCGCUUCUUCCUGGCCUGCGCGGCGCACCCGGGCUCCCCGCGCAACGAGUGCAACAUGUUCUGCAUCGAUUGCCGCGCCACGCCCGCCGCAUUCUGCUACUACUGCCGCUCCCACCGCCACGCGGCGCACCGGGUCAUCCAGCAGAUACGGCGGUCCUCCUACCACGACGUGGUGCGCGUCACGGAGGUGGAGGACGUCCUCGACAUCGCCGGCGUCCAGACCUACGUCAUCAACAGCGCCAGGGUCCUCUUCCUCAACGAGCGGCCCCAGCCGCGCGGCGCCGGCGCCGCAGCGGGGAAGGCCGCCGCGUCCCCCUACAACUGCGAGAUCUGCGGCCGUGCGCUGCUCGACCCGUUCCGCUUCUGCUCCCUCGGAUGCAAGUUGGUGGACACCAAGACGCAUGGGCACGGGCACGGGGCGACCGUCGUCGGCAAUGUCGACGGCGGCAGUGAGGCCGAGACCGAGACCGAGGCCGGCGGCAGCAAGAACGGCGCGCGGCCCCAGGGUCGGCGGCGGAAGGGGACACCCCACCGGGCGCCGUUCGGUUCGUGACUAGUGCCACCCAUCCAGUCCAUCCAUGAUCAAAAGGCUGCCAGGAAAGAAAGAUGCGAUGGGAAGGAAGAGCACGCGAAAAGGACAAGAACUCCUCCGCCUCCCUCUACUCACUCCUCACGUAUCAAGAAAAGAAAGGAAAGGGAAAAAAAAUGAGAAAAGAUAGCACCGCCCGCGCCCAACCAGAAAGAGAAGCCCAACCACCAUGGAAUGGAAUGGAAGGAGUAAGCGACAUGUCCAUCUCAACCUCUCCCCGUCAUCUCUCUCUCUCUCUCUCUCACCAUACCAAUAGGCCAUACCAGCAUUUGGUACAUGACUCUAGCAGCUAGUCCUACAUGCAUUUUUCUCAUGGAUUUUUUUUCUAUAAAAAAUACCGCUUAAUUAACAGUAAUCUCAUAUAUACUACAUUGUUCAUCGUUCCCAAAUUAGCACCCUCUUUUCCGUUGUGAGACAAGAUCGACAUUGUUAAUUUAUUUAUUUAGCACAAUAUUGUUACUGCUAGCUCCAUUUGUACUCCUCCGUGUGGGAGAAAAGAAUCCACAUAUACUAUACAGACAAUGCAGGCCUAGGAGGAAUGAAAGAAAGAAAGGAAGAUGAUUGUCUUUA